CCUGCGCCGCCCGUCCCGGCCGGGUCGCUGUGGGUGCGGGGGGCGGCGGUGGCCCCGGUCCGAGCCCCCCACCCGCCGCUCCGCAGCCGGGACCGCGCCUCGCCUGCAGCUGCUGCCGCCCCUCCCGGGGGCUCCGGCCAUGGCCAUGACAGGCCCUACACCGUGCUCAUCCAUGAGUAACCACACCAAGGAGAGAGUCACAAUGACAAAGGUGACAUUGGAGAACUUCUACAGCAACCUCAUAGCUCAGCACGAGGAGCGAGAGAUGAGACAAAAGAAACUGGAACAAAUGAUGGAAGAAGAAGGCCUAAAAGACGAAGAGAAAAGGAUCAGGAGGUCGGCACAUGCACAGAAGGAGACGGAGUUCCUUCGCCUCAAGAGAACCAGGCUGGGACUGGAGGACUUUGAGUCUCUCAAAGUAAUAGGCAGAGGAGCAUUUGGAGAGGUGCGCCUGGUGCAGAAGAAGGACACAGGGCACGUUUAUGCCAUGAAGAUCCUACGCAAAGCUGAUAUGCUUGAGAAGGAGCAGGUUGGCCACAUCCGUGCAGAACGGGACAUCCUGGUGGAGGCAGACAGCUUGUGGGUUGUGAAGAUGUUCUACAGUUUCCAGGACAAGCUAAACCUCUACCUGAUCAUGGAGUUCCUGCCUGGAGGUGACAUGAUGACAUUGUUGAUGAAGAAGGACACUCUGACAGAGGAGGAGACACAGUUCUACAUCGCUGAGACCGUGCUGGCCAUUGACUCCAUCCACCAGCUGGGAUUCAUCCAUCGUGACAUAAAACCAGACAAUCUUCUCCUGGACAGCAAGGGCCACGUGAAACUCUCAGAUUUUGGUCUGUGUACUGGACUGAAGAAAGCCCACAGGACAGAAUUUUACAGGAACUUGAAUCACAGUCUUCCCAGUGACUUCACUUUCCAGAACAUGAAUUCCAAGAGGAAAGCAGAGACUUGGAAGAGGAAUCGCCGGCAGCUGGCUUUUUCUACAGUGGGAACUCCAGAUUACAUUGCUCCUGAGGUCUUCAUGCAGACUGGGUACAACAAGCUGUGUGACUGGUGGUCCCUGGGGGUCAUCAUGUACGAGAUGUUGAUUGGUUAUCCACCAUUCUGUUCUGAGACUCCUCAAGAGACAUAUAAGAAAGUGAUGAACUGGAAGGAGACCUUGACAUUUCCUCCAGAGGUUCCAAUCUCUGAUAAAGCCAAGGAUCUUAUUUUAAGAUUUUGCUGUGAAUGGGAGCACAGAAUUGGUGCAUCUGGUGUGGAGGAAAUAAAGAGUAACCCAUUCUUUGAAGGGGUUGAUUGGGAGCACAUCAGAGAGAGACCUGCUGCGAUUUCAAUAGAAAUUAAAAGCAUUGAUGAUACCUCAAACUUUGAUGAAUUUCCAGAAUCUGAUAUCCUUAAACCAACAGUGGCAACAAGCAACCACCCAGAGACAGACUACAAGAACAAAGACUGGGUUUUUAUCAAUUACACCUACAAACGUUUUGAGGGCCUGACAGCCCGAGGAGCAAUUCCAUCCUAUAUGAAAGGAGGGAAGUAACACAGCUUUACCUGGGACUUCUGAGCCAUGGAAUUCUGUUGCUGUACUUUGGGUUUAUACCCAUAAAAGAACUUGUUGGUUUUUUUUAAAGAAAACUUGAGGGCUAUCAACUCUUGGAGAAGAAUUCAGGACCCUGUUUUGUUACACACCUGGUUGUUAUUAAGGAUUUUUUUUCCCUGCGCCAUUGAAAAAUUCCACAUGUUUGCAUCAUCUCUGCUGCCAGCACCUUUUGCUGCUUCAGGAGCAAGAGUUUUUUUUAUAUUUUUUGCCAGACUGUCCAGUCCAUUGGGAGAUGAGAGCAAGCUUUCCCUUUGGCAUUGCAAACCACGGGAUUCUAUAGGACUGCAUCCAGUCCUGCAUUAAGUGACAAACUCACUCUGCCAAUUCUGCCAGCACUGUUUGCCCAGUCCAGUUGAGGACUCCAGGACAGAGGAAACAAAGCAAUAAUUGAAGCUUGAGACAGACAACUCUCCAGGAAACUGUCUAAUAGAAGGACAAAACUCAGAUUGCCUUAACCUUUCUUUGUAGUUUUUAUAAUGCUCCCUGGAAGCCUCUUCAAUAGCAUUUCUCAGCUCUGUCACUGUGGCCCCCAGUUCUGGUGCACUUUACUUUUGGUACUAAGUGACCCUCAAGCCAUUUAAUAUUUUUUCUAAAUUAAAAAAUUUUGCAACACUUUUUCUUUCC